AUGAAUGGGAGCGAUGCUAAAACAACCUAUCAUGAAAAGGAGGACUCGAUGCCCGUGUGUGCAAGAAAGCUUCUUGUUGUCAAAAGAAGCCUAAGUAUUCAAAGUCUUGAAAAUAAGCAACAAUGGGAGAACAUCUUCCAUUCCCGAUGUCAAGUACAAGGAAAGGUUUGUAGCUUGAUUAUCGAUUGUGGUAGCUGUACCAAUGUGGCAAGUACCCUUAUGGUGGAAAGAUUAAGCUUAACAACCACCAAACAUCUGAGCCCCUACAAACUUCAAUGGCUCAAUGACGGUGGUGAAAUCAAGUUAACCAAACAAGUGCUCGUUACUUUUUCAAUUGGAAAAUAUGAGGACAAAAUACUUCGUGACAUAGUUCCCAUGCAUGCAGGACACUUGUUUCUUGGAAGGCUGUGGCAAUAUGAUCGAAGGGUCACCCAUGACGGGUAUACCAACCGGUAUACGUUUAAGUAUCAAGGAAAGAAUAUCACUUUGGCUCCGUUGAUGCCAAAGAAUGUUUUUGAGGUUCAAAUGAGAAUGAAAUCUUCUGAUUUCCAAGACGUUUUCCCAGAAGAGACUCCGAGUGGGUUACCACCCCUUCGCGGGAUCGAGCACCAAAUCGUGCCCAGAGCUAUUAUCCCAAACUGUCCUGCCUAUAGAACGAAUCCUGAAGAAACCAAAGAGUUACAAAGGCAAGUCAAUGAAUUGAUGAAAAAGGGCUAUAUUCGAGAAAGCCUUAGCCCCUAUGCCGUUCCAGUUCUAUUGGUGCCAAAAAAGAUGGAGUCUGAGUUGAAAAUUAAGUCAAUGCCGGUAGUAUGCGAAUAUCCAUAUCUAUUUCCGAAAGAGUUGCCCGGAUUGCCUCCAAUUAGGGAAGUUGAGUUUGGCAUUGAAUUUGUUCUGGGUACUGCACCUAUUUCGAUUACUCCGUAUAGUAUGGCUCCGAUGGAGUUAAAGGACUUAAAAGUCCAGUUACAAGAGUUAACAGAAAAAGGUUUUGCUAGACCUAGUUAUUCUUUGUGGGGCGCACCGAUGCUAUUUGUGAAAAAGAAAGAUAAUUCAAUGAGAUUGUGCAUUGACUACCGAAAGCUCAGUAAUGUAACCAUAAAGAACAAGUACCCUUUACCAAGAGUAGAUGACUUGUUUGACCAAUUGAAGGGAGCCACAGUAUUUUAA